CCCAAAAUCCGUUAAAGGAUCUUCCCUUCCAAGUCUACUUUUCAGCUCCUUCCUUCAUUAUCAUACCCUACACAUCCUCCGUCACUUCACCAACACUCUGAAAAACAUGGCGCUCGCACUCUCAGCCUCCGUUAAUCUCACCGCCCCAAGACGCUCUCUACUCGGUACCACCACCAGGUUCCCUCUCUCCCCUCCAAUCCCGACCCUCCACAUCACCGAAACACCCAACCCCAUCACUAUCCCCUCCGUCUCCGCCUCCUCUCCGCCUCCCUCUACCGAUUAUAACCAAUGGUCUCUCGAUUCAUGGAAGUCAAAACGGGCCCUCCAACUUCCUGAAUACCCGGACGUGGACGAGCUCGAGUUGGUACUUCAAACAAUCGGGUCGUUCCCGCCGAUUGUCUUCGCUGGCGAGGCAAGAAAGCUGGAGGAGAAGCUGGCGAACGCCGCCGUCGGGAAGGCGUUCCUUUUACAGGGCGGGGACUGUGCGGAGAGUUUUAAAGAAUUCAAUGCCAACAACAUCAGAGACACUUUCAGAGUGCUUCUGCAGAUGGGCAUUGUCCUCACUUUUGGUGCCCAAAUACCCGUCAUUGCGGUUGGAAGGAUGGCAGGGCAAUUUGCAAAGCCAAGGUCAGAGCCAUUUGAGAUAAAAGAUGGAGUUCAGUUACCGAGUUAUCGUGGAGAUAACAUAAAUGGUGAUGCUUUCGAUGAGAAAUCUAGAGUUCCCGACCCUCAAAGGUUGAUCAGAGCUUAUCUUCAAUCUGUUGGUACAUUGAAUCUCCUUAGAGCAUUUGCUACCGGUGGCUAUGCUGCUAUGCAAAGAGUCUCGGAGUGGAAUCUCGAUUUUGUUAAACAUAGUGAACAGGGAGACAGGUACAUGGAGCUUGCACAGAGAGUUGAUGAAGCUUUGGGAUUUAUGGCUGCGGCUGGGUUAACUGUUGAUGACCCUGUAAUGAACACAUUUGACUUUUGGACAUCCCAUGAAUGCCUUCACUUACCAUAUGAGCAAGCCUUGACUAGAGAGGAUUCAACGACUGGCCUGUAUUAUGACUGUUCUGCUCACUUGCUUUGGGUAGGUGAGAGGACUCGGCAAUUAGAUGGAGCACAUGUUGAAUUUCUCCGGGGCAUAUCCAAUCCUCUCGGCAUAAAGGUGAGUGAUAAGAUGGACCCAAAGGAACUUGUAAAAUUGUGCGAAAUUCUGAACCCUCGGAACAAACCUGGAAGACUGAUAAUAAUCACCCGAAUGGGAGCGGAAAACAUGAGGAUAAAGCUUCCACAUCUUAUUAGGGCUGUGCGCCAGGCUGGGCUUAUUGUCACCUGGGUAAGCGAUCCCAUGCAUGGAAACACAAUUAAGGCUCCAUGUGGUCUCAAAACUCGUGGAUUUGAUGCAAUCAGGGCUGAGUUGAGGGCAUUCUUUGAUGUUCACGAUCAAGAAGGGAGCUAUCCUGGAGGAGUUCAUCUGGAGAUGACAGGGCAAAAUGUGACAGAGUGCAUCGGAGGGUCAAAGACUGUGACCUUUGAUGACUUGAACUCUCGGUAUCACACACAUUGUGACCCUAGGUUGAAUGCAUCACAGUCAUUAGAGCUAGCCUUUGCCAUAUCAGAGAGGUUGAGGAGGAAAAGGCUCAAGUCUGCUAAUGAAUUUCGCAGUGCUUACAGAUUUAAUUAAUGGUUUUGUGGCUUAAGGCAGCCAAGUGCUGGACCUUGAUUCUGUUAAGAGUAGUUAUUUAUUUAGUUUGUUUUUCCAUUGUCUUGUGUCUGCAAAGGAGAGAUCUUCUGUAAAAGUAAAUAACUCUCCUUUUUUAAAGGAGCUGUGAACUUACCUCCUCCUUCAUUUCUGAACAAGUAGUCUAUUUGUGAGAGUGUGUGUGUGUGUAAUUUUAUGUAUAAAAUUGGUCGGUUUGUUCCUCA